AUUUAUUACGGAGUACUUUUCUUUUCCUCUUCUCCGUCCCCGUAAGGAUCGGUCUAUGAUUACUUUCAUUCGGAUUAGCAGUUAGUUUCCUCUUCCGUUUCUGGAUCUUGAUUUUUACCCUCUUGAAAGAUCUUCGUCAAAGGAUAACUGCAGACUCAAAAAGGUACCACACAAUAUCAACCGUGAGUUGAGGCCAUGAGUUGAGGCCAUGAGUUGAGGCCAUGAGUUGACGAAGUUUCUCUUGAUAAAAUGUGAGGCUCCCAGUAUACUAAUAGAGGUUAAGGCAGAAUGGGAAAACAUGAGGAGUCAGUUGAGUGCUAAGGUCAUCUGCAAUUGAAAACGGAAGAUGACAAACUGUUGGAUAUUUUGCUGCCAGAUGAGAGCGAGAGGGAAGACAAGCUAUGGUUGGUUUUUACAGAGAAGAGAGUCAGUUUUGUGGCGUUUAGGGACACAAAUGGCUUCUUUUUGGAGACCGGACAGAGGUGUAUCAAUCAAAGAAAUAGAUGAUAAGCGGUAAAUCUUCUCUUUUUAUCAUGAAAUUGAUAUUAAGCAUGUUAUAGAGUAUGGUCCAUGAUUGUAUGAUCAGAAUCAUGUGGUGUUGCGUGAGCUCAAGUUAGAUGAUGUGCCUUUGAAAGUUCCUCUAUUUUUUUUUCGAUUUUUUUGGGUCCAAGUGCAUUACCGUAGGUCACUUGACUUUAAGGGUUGCAAGAUUCAUUGGUAAUUAUCUUGGAUGUUUCAGUAAACUUGGGCGUUGGAGGGCCUAUUUGAGGAUCCGGGUCCGUCUUGGUAUAAGGAAACCCCUCAAGAAAAAUUUAAAGGUUCAAAAAAAAUGAAUGGGGAUUGUCUAUGGGUAGAUCUGAGAUAUGAAAAGCUUCCAAAGUUCUGUUUUGCUUGUGGCUGUAUUGGUCAUGGAGAUAAAUUCUAUCCCCAAGCUCUUUUACAACCAAAUUCAGAACUUAUAAGAGAGUUUUGGCCGUGGAUGAGAGCUAGUAGUGGGCAUACUAGUAGAAGGGGAGGUAGCAAGUGGCUUGUUGGUGAAAAGGCAAUUAAGCAGGGGUUUGGCACUGCUGUGGGAAUGAAGAUAUCUACUCAGGCAAUGGAGAUAUUGGAGUUGAGUUCUAGUUCUGUUGUUUUUGUAGGUGAGAUGAAGAAUCCAGAGAGCCCGAAUAAAGGAGUAAAGGUUGUUGAACAAAAACGCCGUCAGGGUGGACUUGGAAUCAUCAUCUGCAUGCACAUUGAUGGAGAUUGAAACCUGUGGCAGAAAAAACGGGGUUGGGGCGAGAUUUGGAUAAGGCAGAUUUGGAUCUAGAUUUUGUUCAAGUUAUGGACUCCUCUCUUUUACCAAUGAUUUCGAUUAGGAAGGUAAACAUGGAUUUUGGGGUCAUUCGGGCUAUAAUCAUAGGGAUUAAGAAGAUGUCAGUGGAAAUUGUGGUGAUGGGCUUGCAAGGAAUGUUUCAAGAUGAAGGGUUGAUGAUCCACCCCCCUCCUGAGCCACCGCCGAGGAUUUCAUUUUAGAUAUUCGAUUUUACAUUAAUUUGUUUCGCUUAUUUGAUUUUUUAAAGAAGUGUUUUUUUAUUCAUCCUUGAGAUAUAAAAAUGGUUCAAUACCACAGCUGUGGUCCACUUUGUUCUUUUCCUUAGCUAUGGUUUUUCGAGUGUUCUUAGGUUUUGGAUGUUAGUAUGUCUUGUGUUUUGUUGUUUUGGUGGCAAAAUAGAUAUCCCUAGAUGAGCAUAUCUCCACUAAUACCACUGCAGACGCCGACUGAUGGCAUGAAUCUCGAUUUUGCGGUCUUGGUGGAUUUGGUCAAUUGCGUAUAGGAUUGAUAACAAGAUGGGAAAAGGAGGUUUCUGUCAAUUGAAUGUUGGCCACCAACUUUUUAAUAACUGGUCUUGGAGUUGUAAAAAUGGCUCUAAAAUUUGAGCACAAGAGCAGCAAAGGUUGUAACUAUGGAUAACCUUAUGAGUGGCAACCCUACAAGUGGUCAAAACCUUCUAAAGCAAGGCCUCAUCUGCAAUCACAGGUGAAAGAACAGGGGUGAAGAGACAAUAAUUGUUGUGCCCCGAACCGACAAAAAAAGUUUCUAAUUUCAUUUUUUACGGGUAAACAACCGGACAUUUUAUUUUAUUUUUUAUUGUUUCUAUUUUUUAUUUUUCGAUUUAUUGCAAUUUUGACACUUUAAUAGUUUAAGGAUGCGAAUUGGACCUUUUUUACCGGUAGUUUAGCUGCGAAAAAAAUGAAAUUUGAACCCUUUUUGCCGGUUCGGGUGCCAAUGGGACCAUCUUUUAGUUUAUUGAUUUAAUUGAGCUUACACGAUCGCUACAAGGGCCCAUUUUAGCUCU